ACCUAGGCUGCUUGAUGUGAGUUGCCACAGGCUCGGGAACUUGAGACGGAAUGGUACAACGGGAGGGCGGCUCGUUUUGUCUCGUCGAGGAGGAGAGCUGUGUAAACCAGACUGGGUGGAGCAACACAUCGCCCAGCCCUAUCUAUCGUGCAGGCGGCCUGGUCCCGUUUGCUUGGAGCUCGGAGAGAGACUACAGUAGCCUACUGAAAGUCUGGCGGAUAGAGAGAGAGAGGGGGCCGGUCUAUGGGAGGGACUAGCGCAAAGGGGGGAAUUGGAAGGAGGAGGGGUGAGGAGGAGGCGGCACGGGUGCUGUUUCUCCAGUCUCUUUCCCCUGUCUUUGUCUCACACACUCUUUUGUUAGCCAUGCCUAGCCUGCUGGUUCUAGCAGGGAUCAUGGAGAAAAAUGGGGGCUACGGCGGGGGUCUGACCGGCUCCGGCUUCGGAACUGAUGGUCUCCUUGUGCCGCCCGAUGAGGAGGAAGACGACUCUCGUGCCCUCAGGGUCGCGCUGGGCCAGUUGUCUCUACUGGGGCUCGGAGAAGGCGAGGACGGCGGCGGAGCCCCAACAACAGGAGUACAGGACCGGAGUAACAAUAACAACAACCACCACAACCACACGAACAGCGUCGGGGGUGGCGGGGACACGGCGAUUCUGCAAGGGAAAAGCAAGUUGUGCGCCCUGUAUGAGAGCUCCUCAAGUGAGACGAAAGGACGAGGCUGCAACAUAACAGAAUGCGUUCCAGUGCCCAGCUCUGAACAUGUGGCCGAAAUAGUGGGGAGACAAGGUUGCAAGAUCAAAGCCCUGCGGGCCAAGACCAACACCUACAUAAAAACCCCCGUCAGAGGAGAGGAGCCAGUGUUCUUAAUCACUGGCCGGAAGGAGGAUGUCGCACUGGCCCGCCGUGAAAUCAUUUCUGCUGCAGAGCACUUCUCCAUGCUCCGGGCAUCCCGCAACAAACUGGGAGUGUCCUUUAGCGGCUCCCCGCCCACACCUUUGCCGGGUCAGACCACCAUCCAGGUCAGAGUGCCAUACCGCGUCGUGGGGCUGGUAGUGGGGCCUAAAGGUUCCACCAUCAAACGCAUCCAGCAGCAAACCUGCACUUACAUCGUCACUCCCAGUCGAGAUCGUGACCCUGUCUUUGAAAUCACGGGGUCACCGAGCAAUGCUGAGCGCGCUCGCGAGGAGAUUGAAGCACACAUCGCCUUCCGAACAGGAGGCCUGCAUGACCACAAUAAUGAGAAUGACUGUCUGGGGCCCAAUGGUGGAAGCAGCCCAGCGGGCAGCAGCGGUGGUUUGGAGAGCCGGCUACAGCAGGUGUGGGGGCUGCAGGGGGGCCAGCGCAAGCCACUCACCAGCAGCUACCGCCAGAACUUCUCAGAUGCCAUGGUUGGAGGGGGAGGGGGAGGCGAGGGAGGGGGAAUUUACAACAAGGGCAACUUCUCCAGCUCUGGAGAGAAGCCUUGCUCUUAUUUUGGAUCAGAGGGAACCCAGAGUUGGGGUGACCCUGAUUACCCCAAACAGGUGGCCUUCUACGCCCAGCAGCGUUCCAAGAGCUUUGGAGGCCUCCCACUCCCCCUGACCAGACUCUCCCCGGGCUUACCCGAGCCCUGCGGAGGUGGAAGCACCAACAACUCUUCAGUCACCAGCAUUGUGCCCGUAGCUGGCUCACCUCAUGCCCAGGCCCGCCGCGCCCACAGUGAGCCCACCUCAGCCGGCGAGGGUUUCCCAGGCCGUCUGCCAGUGCCGGACUCGCCACCGGCCACUGUGCGGGAUUGCAUGACCUGCUUUGAGAGCAAAGUGACGGCUGCCUUGGUGCCCUGUGGCCAUAACCUCUUCUGCAUGGAGUGUGCCAUCCGUAUCUGUGAGCUCAACCACCCAGAGUGCCCAGUGUGCCACACCCAGGUCACACAGGCCAUCCGAAUAUUCUCUUAAGGAACCACAUCAGUUUUUAUCAUUAGUUUUGUCAGUGUUUGUUCAAUAAUUAUUUACUGUUAUUAUGAUUAUUAUUAUUAUAAUACACUUUUGUUUUUCAGAAAAUUAAAAAAUCAAACAAUCAAGCAGAUAUUUUAGAAGGCACUGCUUGCUUUACUAAAAAGUAUAAGAAAUAUUUUUAAGUUUUUCUUUUAUAUAUAUAUGCAUAUAUAUUUUAUAAAAGUUUUGUUUAUAAGAAAAGUAUAGAAUCUUGCAUUUUCAGUUUUUUGACUGCUGCUGUUUUUCAUUCAUGAAUCACAGUAUAGGCAGAGGUAGACAGUAAUGUGAACAUUUUAUUAUUCAGAUUUUUAUUUUACCAUGAAGUGGGUUUAUACUGAAGGAUAAAGAUGAUUGUUGAGGUACCCAGUCUGCACCUGACUGACCUAGAAGGUCACUGUUGUUAUUGGAAGGAAAAAAUAGAUUUUUCAUUGCACCUUACAAUCAUCUUGGUCUAAAAUAGAUUGUCAAUCACACCCUGAAAUUUCAGGAGCUGAUAUGAAGUUGAAUUCAGCCUUUUCAGUUUUACUGUGACUAUGGUUUCAUAUGAUUGGUCCAAAAUAGAUAUUAAUAUUAGCAAAGUCAAAAUGUGAAUAGAUUGAUUCUGGUCAAAGCCUUGUAAUCUUUACGAGGAAACAAAAACAGCCCCUUUAUUUAAUUCUUAUAUCAAAGUCUUAUAAACCAGACUAAUGCUAAAAAAGGAUAGGACAUUGCGUCAUUUAUUUAUAGCAACUGGUUAAAUUCUAUGGGUAUCAUUAAUCACAGAGAUAGACUAAAGUUGUAUAAAGUACGAGUAAAAUUUUUCUUCGAGUAGCCGUUGGUCACACUUUGGUCACUGCAGUUUGUUGAAAAGAUUCAGUAAUGCUUGCUCCUCGUGGCACUUGAAAAGCAUGUGGUUCCUUGGUUGGCUUAAAGCAGUGAUUUAAUUUGUGAGGCAGAAAGCCUUGGAUUGCAUCCAGUUGGCUAGUUCUCGGUAUCUGUCUCCCCGAUGGACUUGUUUCAAAGCCACCUUAACCGCGCUUUAUUGUUUUGUGUGGUCAUUUGGCCACAGUCGCUGAACAACGUAGGACAAAGCAAGAGCUCCAGUCAACAAGCAUUUCUGAGGUGUACACUGUAAAUAAGGAGGAGAGUUAGCAUGUGGGCAGAAGCAAAACUGCAAAAUGUUUCAGCAGCAGACUGAGAUUAAAAUAUUUGACACUGUAAAAUACAGAGUCCCAAAUCAGUAAUCCUUAUUCCAAGCCUCUACUUCUACCAGCAUUAUGUGUGAGCUCUGAGGGGUCUGCUGUCUCCCCUGUAAUUAGCAAAGCUGUACAGGAGCAGGUGUUUCAUGGUGCACUGUUGCUGUGACCCCAAGUUGGAGGUCUUGCCGAGCUGCGUUUCUUCCUCUCUUUUCUUUGGGAGUGGUUUUUAUGUCUCUCCCUGCCUACAGUUCGAUCAUUUGCUCUCCAAGGCCUCUCUGAGGGGGCGCAUUGUCUGGGCCCAGUAGCGGCGUGGGCUGCAGAGUGCUCGGACACGCCUGGGUCUGCUCAUUGAUAAUUAGGCAAAUGGGCCGGUCCAGGUGCGGACCGCGUGGGGACUCUGGAGCUGUAUAAGUGGUAAGACAGGACCCUGCAGUGAGCCCCUUGGUGCCCCACCCCACUGUUACAGCACAGAAGGGCUGGAUGGUCUGGAUGCAGCUGGGCAAAUAGGACCCCUCCUUCCACUCCCUCUUGCCCCUUGGCUCCCCCUUCUUCCUCUCCUUUUCUGCUGCUCUGAGCUACUGAGUAGAGGGGGCCUCUUUUGUCCCAAAACACACACACACCAAAUUUGAAAGGCACUAGCUGAAUUUGGCAGUGUCUGUGAAAUAAGGAGAGCUGUAGGAACAAAAUAAACUAUCUGGUUAUCAGGACAUAAUGCCAGUUACCUCUUUUCAGUGUUAAUGUCUCUCAAUUUGCCAUAAACCAUUUCCAAAUGAUGAAAAUUUCACCUACAAAAGAAAGACUGUGUGAUCUUAUCACAUGGGGUCCAGAAUUAACACCCCCUUUCACCCCAGAACUACACCGCCCUGAAAUUUGAAUGGGGCCCUGUUUGUGUGAUGGCGCCAGCGCAGAUCGAAGUUUCCACAAAGCCACCUGCCCCUGUUCACCUCCAGACCCCACCUCCUGUGUCAGCUCACUACUGUAUGAGACAUCCUGCAGCUGCCCCUUCACUAUGGACACUCGGGCUUCAGCCAAUGGCAGCACCCAUUGCUUUGAGCUUCCAGAAUGAAAUCAGACAAUUGUAAUUGACAGGAAGGCAGAGGAAACGCCCCAUUUAACCAGCACUCAUGCUGAAUCAAAUUACACACCCUGUGCGUCUGCUUUAGCCCCAGCCUGGGGAUUUCAGAGGACUAGAGAAGAGUGGAUGGGGGUAGGGAUUAAAGCUGUUGAAUAAUGGGGGUGGGGAGGGGGGGUUCAUUUUAGCUACAGACAGAGAAGUAUAUGCUUCAAAAAAAAAGACCCUGCCGAUUUAGAACAUUGAUUGAUCAUUCAAGUGUUGCAGUGAGUGUUGACUUGUCACAUGUGGGCCAGUAGUGAUGACGAGGAACACAGUAUAUGUUUCUUGUGUUGUACUGAAAAGCAAUUCAAACCGAUUCUGUCCCAAAAAAAAAAAAAAAAAAGAACAAAAAAAUUAACAAUUACAAAUUGUGUCUGCUGGGACACAAAGGCCCCUCCAGUUUUUUUUUAAAUUUUUAUUUUUUUUUUACAUACAGUAUAACGCAGACCACUCACAUUACGUGUGGACUGCAGGGAAAGCACUGUACUUGCAGAAAGUACCCUGAACUCUGUCAGAUUUCAGUAGAAAUAAAGAAUAGUUCUGAUUUUAUGGAUGAAGAAAUUGCACAGUGGUUUGGCCUAAGCUUUCAACAUCAGAUUCAAAGCAGCAUAACACAGUUCUUUGAACUUAGCAUUUCUCUUAUUUUGUUUUCUGCCUUAACAUUUUUUAUUAAAAUACUGCCAUCACUUUUGGCAUACAAGGUAGCAACUUUGGCCUUUGAUAGUACCGUCCCAUAAAACAACUUUUAAAGUAUUUAUUUUUGGUGCAAAGAAUGUGAAUCAAACUGCUUGGGUGGGGAUUAAAGGGAUUCAGGAAAUUAGGCUCUGAAAACACUUUUCUUCACACAUAGUAAAGCACCUUAUUACAAAACACACAUUUCAUAAGUACCAAACCGACCACUGAUGGUGAAAUAUAUUUCAUAGAAUCUGAAAGACAUGCACAUAAGGAUUCCCUAUCAUUUAUUUGUAUUAUGAUGGUUCUUGUUAAUCUUAAUAGUUCAGUCGUGGUAGUGGUAAUUUGGGAGACCUCUCAUCCAUUUGUCAAUGUGCCUGACUUGGUUGGGUUUUGCACUUGUAUAAUGAAGAGAAAGCUUAUUAGAGUUUCUCCCAGUUUAGACGCUGUAAGUUGAGGAGCAUCGUGCUUAAUGGGAAAGCGCUCUGAGCAUCUAUGUAAAUACAGUAUGUGUAUCACUUAUGAGCAUCCAAACAAAGGCCCGCUUGAAGUGAGGUUUUGAUUAUUUUUACUAACCGAAAGUGUCAUUGUCAAUGUUUUAGCAUAUGGAAUUGAAAAUGUUUGCGUUUUAGGGAAAGUAAAUCUUUUAUACAGCAUCCCAUCGUCCUUUUUACAAUAGUAGUAUAUUAGAGCCAUACAUUUAAGAAAUAUUAUUUAAGUGGAUUAACUUAGUAUUUCAUCCAAAUAUAUAGAUAAGAAAUUAAUCAGACACUACUAUAAACUGUAAUAAUGAAUAUCCUUUAUGAAGCCGCUGAUGUAUAAUCCAAUCUCAAUAAAAACUCAAAUGAAUAGUACUGUAUGUGUAGUAACAUAACCCCGAAUGAAUAACUAUGUAUAUUAGGAUGAAAAGCAAUAAUAGGACUAUACUGGGACAACAAACAGAAGAGUCUGCUCCGUCAGUUCUUUAAAAAAAUAUUCUAUUCAGAAAUUGACCUUGAUUAUUAGGAUAAUAUCGCUGCAAUUGUCUCAUAUCUGCUUAAAAGUCAUUAUGUAUUCAUGCCAGUGUAGUAAAAGAGAUAAUUAAUUUGUAACAGUUUCAGGAUAAGUGAUUGUUCUUGUUAUGUUCAUCAGGGUCUUAGUCAUUUGAUUGUGUAAUUUUUAUGUUGAAUAUCAAUCAGAUCACAGGGUGGGUCACAGCAAAGUUAAGGAUUCCUUCUCCUACCACUGAAAUGAUGAAACUGCAAUCUCUGUGACUUCGAGGAAAUCUCAUUGGGCUGUAGAAGUGAUCGCUCAAGUGUAAACAAUCAAGCACAGAGCAUGAGCACCAAGGCCUGUCCUGUUUGUUAAAGAGCAGGAGCUGGCGACUUUACUUAGUGUCUGACAGACUGAUGUCUUGGAGGCUUUGGGCAAAAAAAAAAAAAACCAUGCAGACAGCAGUGAGAAGCAUGCAGUGCACCAGUCACUCUUACUGAAGUCAUGUUGAAGAGCUUUGAUUCUUUACACUCAGGCAGGGGCAGAUGUGUUACUUCCAGCAUAUCUCGAGAUGCGUUCUGUUUACAUAGUGAUAGGUUUCUGAUUUCAUGGCUCCAUUUGAUACUUGUGUUACCCCUGCUUUCUAUCUGUAUUGUUUUUGAAAGAAAAAGGUCAGACAUAGCCAAAGAACAACUUACAAGGAGAGGACAUGAGCUACACUAUCACUUGAGUUAACUUAUUUUAGCAUCAAAAUCAGCUUGGUUUAGAGUUUUUAUUAAAUAAGAGCUAAUCUCAUACCAAGAAUUACUCUGUUUACCCAAAUGUCUUUACAUCCACUCAAUCAAUAGCUGUGAAAUGAAGACAUAUCAUGUUUCAGUGUUGUAAGAUUACUUUAAUACUACAGAGGUGCUGGUAACAGACUUAAUUCUCCCCAAAGAGACCAGCUUAAAGCACAUCCUGGCACUUGCAGUCCUUUGAGUAGUUUUCUGUUGUCCUGGUUAGAUUGUUGAAGAAGAAGAAGAAAAAAAGUCAAGGAAAUUUCUUAAUCUUUCUAAAAAACCGGACUAAUCUUGAGAAGUUGAGAUGCAAUGGAGCUGUCCAAGUAAUAAAUAAAAAAAAAACUGAGAAGGAAUCAUAUUGACAGUGACAAGCGGGUGAAAAUUAAGGCUGAAUUCUUCAUUUUUAAGAACUGGAAAGUAAAACAUAAGUGCUUACCCUCAGAGGUAAACAAGUGACAGCGUAAUAACGAACAAAACAGCACUGUGGUUUUAGUUAAUAUAAUUUAGAGAGCCAUUAACUGUAUUCUUAUGUUUAAGUGCAUGUUAGGAAAAUAUAGUAGAGUAGGUAAGAGUUACAGUAGGUAGGAGCGCGUAAUAAAUUCAUCAGCCUUUAACCUGAAGUGUAUAAAAAGCUUUAAGACCAUAAACAUUGGGUUAAAAUCCUAUAAUUACCUUGUAGUUUAACUAAUUGAUACAUAAAGUUUAAUUAUGAUUCUUAAGAAUAUGCUAAAGUGUAAGUUUCAUUUGUCCAUCUCACCCAGUGUGAAAUACUUUUUAAUUCAGGGGAGCAACAAAGGGGUGGGGGUGACGCACGGUGACAUUUUGCUUCAUUAAGUUCUUUGUUAGUAUUAUUUACAAUAUUGUAUUGAGCUUACUAUUAUAGCAAUGGUAGAAAAUGUUGAUGUUUUUCUUCUCUUGAUAUGAAAAGGUCUUUAUGCAUUUUCGUAGAAUCCCUUUCAACCAGUGAUAGGAAAUCCUUAUUUUCAGUGGAUGCACUUAAGCAAUUGUACCAACCUGUCAAAAUCACACAUUGAGCAAGUAAUGCAUUUGAAUGUAAAAAAAAAACAAAAAAAAAAAACUUAAUGCACUCCGUAUGCUUAUUGUUUUGUCUAUUUACAAGUGAGCUUUAAGUUUUUGUUUGUCUUUUGGAAAGAAUUUGCAACAGGUUUUCAACGUAGACUAUAUUUGAGUUCUUCCACAUACAUUUAUAGAAAGUAACUUAAAACGAAUAAAAAAACAUAUUACAGGUUCUCAAAUCUAUUUUGCUAACAUGGGUUAUUAUUUCAUAGAAAGCAGAGGAAAAAAGUCAGUAUCUGGAUGUUAUUUAUGAAAAGUAAAAAAAAAAUGAAGCAACAUAUUUAUGAGUAACCUUGACAUUUUGUUUUUUAAUUAAAAUGACAAGAAGUUAAUAUAUUUCUAAACACAGGGAAGUCAGUUUCUACUAAUAAGUAAAAUGAGAAGUUUAGAAGUUUUAUUUAUAAAAGUUAUGGAUGCUUGUCUUUUCCAUGUAGUUCAUAGUAAAUGACAUAAAUGGAAAGAGUUCAUAGCUUAAAUUUUAACUUCAGGCGUGCACUACUUAAACAUCUGUGCAUUCACAAUGGAAUAAUAACAGAAAGUAAUAUAAUAUUUUUUAGAAUUUGGAGAUAUUUUAGUCACAGAGCAUCGAUUUUGUGCCUCAAUUAUAUAUUUUUCCUGCAUCAGCAUUCUUUGUGCAGUGCUGCUUGCUGUAACCCCUUUCCCCCUUCAACUAACCCCAUGUUACUGACUGAAACACAUUACUCAUUUCCUCUGUAAUCUAAACUCGCUUUUACUUAUCAAACAUAUAAAACAUGUUAUGACUGCAACGCUUGGAAUGAAUGAGGCAGCUGUGGCCCCGCUGCCAACAGGGCCACACAUAACUUGUACACACUUUCAUUCAUACAUUUUCUACGUCUACUACUCGGUUUGUGAUCCAUAGCGAUGAGCAUAAUCAGCUUAAAGAAAGCCUUUGAGAGACUUUCCCUAAUGUGUUAAUUAGGUGUGUGCAAAUGGAGCGGCAGCGCACUGUGUAGUAGAUCUAUGUAACUAGAUGCACACAUAUACACACACAGCAGAUUCAUUACCGUACUAGUUUGCAUGUAUGUUGUAUGGUCACUUAGACAGGAGAAAUGGUGCAGGUCCUGUGUUAUCCUUUAACUCCAGUGCACUUGGGCUGUUUCUCCUCUGUAGAUUUUCAUAGUUGGAGUCACUUUGGAAACUGGAAGUGUGACGCGAGUGUGGAACCAGGCAGAGAGACCAUUUCAGUCCCAAUACCAGAGUUGGAUUUUGUAUUUUCAGUUACCUGCUGGUGAUGAAAGACUGUUUGCACCUCAUGAAUUAACCUGAAGUUCUUAGCUUAUGUAAGACUUGAUACAGACAAAAAAAACUUCACAAAAACACUACAAUGGCACAUUUUUUGCUGCAUUUAAAGGAAGGGGACUGAAGUGGUGCUCACUGGUGGAACUCGCAACCUUUUCCAAAGAGGCCGAUACAGUCUGACAGUUUGUCUUUGGUAGUGUUUCCAAUUUUUCCAGCACAGUAGAGGUGUUUCAUGCCGGUCUAAUAGUGGUUGUAGUGCAUUAGUUUUUGGGCCAGCAUCACCUGGCAUUAGUUUCUGGUUUCUCUGUGAACAGUGAAAGAGGGCUGCCACUGUGGCCCUCUGUGGCUGACCGUCAACUUUGAUGGAUGGGAAAAAAAAAGAAGUCUUUGAACUCUGUUACAGUAUGCCAUGCCAUUACAAGGUAUGUGAUAUUGCAGGUUUAUUUCUUAUAGCACACGUUUUUUGUGAAUUACAUUUUAUGGAGACAUUUUUUAUUAUUAUUAUUGUAUCUGCGCCAUGGUUAGUUCUGGUUCUUUGUUAUUUUUCCAAGAUUCAAGAUGUAUUGUAAAUGUUUCUAAUAAAACAAUCUCCAGUUGAAACCAAUUGUCUUUUGUUUGAAGGGGGUUCUUAUGGCUAAAAUUAUUCUUUGAUUAUGAUUAUUUAAAUUUUAAUUGCAGUCAUCAGAGGAAUGAUAUCACUUUACAGCAUUGCACAUAUCUUAUUAAAUUAUAGUGGACAAUCAGAAUUAUAAUGUGGCCAUGUCAACAUUUCAUGAUGAGCAAUCAUGACUUUUCAGUUAAUUGUGCCCUUCCUUCAGAUUCACUAAUAAUCCAGCUCCAUGCACCAGUUUUGUUUUAAACAUCUUGAAGAGACACGAGAAGAGGCAGGCUAUAACAAAUGAGAUUUAUUUAUACAGUCCAAAUAUACAUAUAUUAGAAUAAAUGUUUUAAAAGCCCUAACCUACACCACCCAGUUUAAGACCUGUGAAGUCAACAGAAGUCAGUGUUGAUGUGGGAACACAUCAGCAGGAUAAACACCAUCUGUGUGCAUAACCUUUGGAUUUAAUCAAGCCCCUCCUAACAGUACCAUCCUAUCUCCUUCUCCUCAUAGAUUAAAACUAUUAGAUACUAACAAACCCAAUCCUGGCUCCUGAAUACAACCCCCGCCCCCUCAACAGGAAAUAAAGACAAGAGUGAGCGAGGGCAGACCUCGGGGAGAUCCCAGAAGGCAAGAGUCCUGUUCCAGUUACAUACAGUGUAGACAGAGACUUAAAGGAGUAGGUGAGCAGGCAGUGGAGGAUUUCACUUACAGUAAAACAAGCCAUCUGGGGUACAUCAGAGACCACAGGAGCAGGGCAGGGCUGAGUGCCCUCACUACCUCAUUGCCUGAAACAUUAUCCAUCCAGCCUUCCCAGCUAACAGGCGGCAGCAGCAGCACAGGGUUGUCUAUGCAUUUAAACAAAUUCCCUAGUCUCUCCAACUACACCUAAAGGUUCAGGCCAGGGCUGAAAUGGUCAACAGUAGAGUCAAUACUACUAUCCCAUCAACAUGUGAGGCAGUUAACCCAUCCACUAGUGAUGCAGCUAUUCCAGCUCAUUUAGAGUAAAUGCAGAACAAAGCUUGCACAAGCAUGACUCAUCUGCAGAAAACAAAAUGUGUAGAAAGCAGGAAAACCUUCCAAGCAAAGAUCAAAAACAAUCAAAGAGAAAUUACAUGUCAUUGUUAGGGAGGGAUGUCACUGCUCUGAGUGGCCUGGUGAACACAACCUGACCCAACCCACUAAACUCCCGUCUGUGCAUUUAGGAAAAAUGACUCGUAGCCCUCCCUCUUCCAUUAGAGAGGUUAGCUGCCCUUACAAGCUUCUUCACAUAGAUAUGCGAUUGUGGGCAAAAGCAUCAAAAAGCAGUAAAACUCCCUUUGCUCUUAAGAAUUCAGUGUGAAAAUUUAAACCGACCAGUGUUAAAGCUCAAACCCUUUGGUCAAACAAGACUUUAAUCUAGUGUUCAAUAAAUAUUGUAAGGGACAUUACUGUCUAAAUAUUGAAACUUGGAAUGACAGUGGCAGCACAGGGGCUGCUGUUCAAUCAUUUGGAUAUGGAGUUGUUUUUUUUUUUGUCUACAAUUUUUGUAGGGAGAAAGUAUUACUGAGUUGUAAAACAGAACUUUCAAAGGGAGGAGAUUUUGCAAAGACAGGAAUAAGAUGAGAUACAAAAGGGACCUUAUAAUGUGUUAUAUUAUUCAUUAGACUGAAUCAGUUGGGAUCGUGUACUUCUUUAAAAGCUUAGUGCACUGGGUGUAGUGCAUCUCACCUGUGUUCCUUCCCGUGAUACUAAUUCUCCCCACCCCGUCUGUUUACCUAAACCUCUUUACUAUCCCUCCUUCACUGUCCCUCUCUUCAAAGUUUCUUAACCA